AGCUUUUUGCUCCAAUGGACGAAAGGCUUUAAUCGCCGCAUUCUGUGUUCUGCGGCGGCCGACGUUAGAACGGUACCACUACAACACUCACGGCGGCCAAGCUCUGUGGAGUAGGACUUUACGUUGAUGUUUGAUUUUUACUAGACGUUUGUUUGAGACAUGAGUCGACGUAAUACUACACUGAAGGUGUCCAGUUAGAGGGUGGCUGCGUGCACAGGGGACGAGAAGAAAAGGGCGCUGAAGGCCAUGGAGUUGGCGGACGGCUUGCUUCUGCAGGUCAAUAACGGCGAGCAGUGGUGCAACCGCUGGAAGCGGCCCAAUGACGACUCCGAUCGCAGUACCAGUCCGUCAGUCCUGCGCUGCGUGGCCACCACGUGGAAGGAGGGUCUUCUAAACAGGAAGAGGCCCUUCGUCGGCCGCUGCUGCCACUCUUGCACGCCACAGAGCUGGGAAAAGCUGUUCAACCCCAGCAUUCCAUCGCUUGGCCUGCGUAACGUCAUCUACAUAAACGAGACCCACACCAGGCAGCGCGGCUGGUUGGCACGGCAACUGAGCUACGUCUUCUUUGUCAUGGAACGAGACGUUCACAAGGACAUGUUCCCCCGGAACGUGGUGGAAAACGUGCUCAACAGCAGCAGUGUUGAGAGCGCCAUCUUGAGCGUGGCCUGCGAUUCGGACGAGGCCGGCAGUGAGCACAGCAAGUCCGUCGGGAAAGUCAAGCAAAAAGCCCGACACUUCCUCCAGCAGAUGGUGGCCAGCGUUUCGCCCGCCUUCGUCAGGCUGACAGGAUGGGUUCUCCUGAGGCUCUUUAAUGGUUUCUUCUGGAGCAUUCAGAUCCACAAGGGCCAGCUGGAAAUGGUCAAAAAAGCAGCGGCGGAGCACGGCGCUCCCAUGGUCUUCCUGCCUGUCCACAAGUCCCACAUUGACUAUCUGCUCAUCACGCUGAUCCUCUUCUGUCACAACAUCAAAGCGCCGCACAUCGCCGCCGGCAACAACCUCAGCAUCCCCAUUCUCAGCACCCUGAUCCGAAAGCUGGGAGGAUUUUUCAUACGGCGGAAAAUGGAGGAGUCCGGGGACGGCAAGAAAGACAUUUUGUACAGAUCGCUCCUCUAUGCUUACACAGAAGAGCUGUUGCGUCAGCAGCAGUUCCUUGAGGUUUACCUGGAGGGCACGCGCUCCCGCAGCGGCAAAGCGUCCACGGCGCGCGCCGGCAUGCUGUCCAUCGUGGUGGACGCGCUGCGCGCAGGCUCCAUCGGCGACGUGCUCGUGGUGCCGGUGGGCAUCUCGUACGACCGCAUCAUCGAGGGCAACUACAACAGCGAGCAGCUGGGCAAGCCCAAGAAGAACGAGAGCUUGUGGGGAAUAGCGUGCGGCGUGUUCAGGAUGCUGAGGAAGAACUACGGCUGCGUCCGUGUCGACUUCAACCAGCCGUUUUCCCUCAAGGAAUACCUGGACAGCCAGAGAAGCCGCCACAUUGCACCCCCGCUGUCCCUCGAGCACGCCUUGAUGCCCACCAUCAUAGAUGCGCAGCCCGACGCGCAGCUGUUCGACGGACAAGAGGAGGGCCACCAGAACAGAGAGCUACCCGAAGACUUGUGCCGACGACAGCUCAUUAACAACCUGGCCAAACACGUUCUUUUCACGGCAAACAAGUCAUCCGCCAUCAUGUCCACGCACAUCGUGGCCUGUUUGCUGCUCUACCGACACCGACAGGGCGUUGCACUCUCCAAGCUGGUGGAGGACUUCUUCAACAUGAAGGAGGAGGUGCUGUCACGCGACUUUGACCUGGGCUUCUCGGGCAACUCGGAGGACGUGGUGAUGCGCGCGCUGCACCUGCUGGAGAACUGCAUCGCCGUCACCGGCGGCGCCAACCGCAACGGCGAGUUCACCAUCGCGCCCAGCCACACCGUGCCGGCGCUUUUCGAGCUCAACUUCUACAGCAACGGCCUUUUCCACGUCUUCAUCCCCGACGCCAUCGUCGCCUGCAGCAUCCUGUCCCUUCAGCGGGAGCAGGCGGUGGAGUCGGAGUCGGCGCUAGCGUUGCAACAAGGGCCGAGCGCCGGAGCCGCCGACUGCCCACUCAGUCAAGAGAAGCUCAUCCGCAAGGCCGCCGGCCUCUCGCACUUCCUGGUCAACGAGGUGUCCGUGGCCUCUCCGUGCCAGACUAUAUAUCAGGUGUUCCUCGACGCCAUCACCCGCCUCAUCCAAUAUGGCGUCCUCUAUGUCGCGGAGGAGGACCAGGAGGAACUUAGCCCCAGUCCGACGGAAGAACCGUGGCCCAAAAAGUUUCCAGAGCCGCUCUCCUGGAGGAGCGACGAGGAGGACGAAGACAGCGACUUUGGGGAGGAGCAGCGGGAUCGCUACCUGAAGGUGAGCUUGUCGGCAGAGCACCAGGAGUUCUUUGUGUUCCUGCAACGGCUCCUCAGCUCCGUCCUGGAGGCCUACAGCGGUGCCGCCAUCUUUGUGCACAGUUUGAGUCAGCCCAUGGCCGAGACUGAGUACACGCAGCGCCUCUUCAGAUACCUGCUCACGCGCACCGAGAAGAGAAUUGCUGCUUACGGUGAAAGUGCAACUCAUUACCUGGUGAAGAACACGGUCAGAACAUUCAAGGAUCUCGGGGUCCUCAAGGAGCGACGAGAGGAGCACGUGACCACGCUGGAGCUGAGCCCCACCUUCCUACCUCAGGCCAACCGCAACAAACUGCUGCAGUACAUUUUAGGCUUCUCCCUGCUGUGACCCCGAAAGGCCCACAAACCUCGUUGCUUCAGGCUCCCCUCCGACACAAGGGCUUCUUACUUGUUACUUCGAAAAUACGACUAAUCCAGGUGCUACCCGGAAGUGCCUUCACGUUUAGAAGAAAACAAAAAGGCUCUCUCUAUUCCCUGUCGUGCUACAUCUCCAUUACUUUGUAAUAUAUAGCAAUAGGCAAAGCUGCCUUUUAGAAGAAAGCAUCCACAGGAAGUGGGCAAAGUAGCCAUUGCUCUCUACACUAACCUGUCAAAUCAAUCGGGAUUCACCUUCGUUAUUAUGAAUGGGAUGUACUAAAGAAACCUUUCAAGGAGCGCUGUAGAAUUGUUUUCUCGUAUUGUCACGUUAUUGCAGAGCUGACCCGGUGUGGCAUUUGCCGACAUUGCCUAAUGGGCGAGCCGGCUCUGCAUUGUCUUCUAGCAGCUGUGAGGUCAAAUGAUACUUUCCUGAUUAUUUUGUUGUUUUUAGACAUACUUUCUCACAGUGGGUCUAAUAAAAAAGUGAUUUUUUUUUCUCCAAUUUUUAGGUAUCAAAUAAAGUAGGGGGAAAGUGCUCUAAAGCAACAGGGGAUGUGCGUGGAAGGUCCAAGUAAGUCUACUGAAGGAGAUUUCUUCUCAAGCGUAGAUGGUUAAUUCAUUUUUAAACCUGCAUGCGUUCAUGCAGAAUUUCCUUACCUGUGACUUAAACGUGUAUAGAAGAUUUGGCGGCAUGUCAAAGACAAAAAAAUGUGAAUGAAUUGGAAUGAGGCAGACAAUGGUGAGUUUCAAUGUCACUCUUAUGGACUGUACUGCAUGUUUGCUGUCAUGGGCACUUGACUGUAGAGUUUGUGUUGUAUUUAAUGGUUCCAAGUGUGUGAAGUAUGCUGCGGAGGAGGUGAAUGUAUCGUGUUGUCGUGAUUGUCCAAAACCCAAGUGGACUUGCUGUAUGCCCAAAGGGAUAGGGAUGCCUGGCCACGACGGAAAGUCAAAAUGGAAGAAAACACCAUCACACGGUAUGAAACCCAAGCGAGUGAACAAAUGUACAUGUGGCUGUGUAAGGUUAAAAAUGCCUGUAUCAUGGAAACAGGUGCCUUUUAUUGUUUUCAAAUCCAAUGUUAUGGUCUGUACUUGUAUUUUUAUGCAUGUUAAUGAUUCGGAAUCAUAAAAACACUGUAAUAAUAUAAUAAGUUAUAACGUGAAAAAAAAUCACCAGCCAGUAAAAAAAAAGAAGCCUGAUUUGUUUGUUUUCUGUCUGAUUUUUGCUUUCACAGAGCAAAGCACAAUUGUUAAUAGGUUUGUAAAUAAAAUGGUAGUAGCUGUUU